AUGCUCGUUGAAGAUUCUCAAACGGCUCGUUCGUUGAUGUCGAAGAAGUAUGCGCACUGUCCGCUGAAGAAGCGACCGGUGCUCGUUCGGGAGGAGCGACCAGCGACGCCGCCCACUACACCGCCUCACCCCGCCCACAUGGCCACCAGACUCUAUUAUGAUUAUCACUGUGAUACAGAAAAUGAUGAACCAGAAAACUUAAGCACAAAACCGGAAGAUCUCUCCAAAACUGGCAAUUACCCGAGUAAAGCUGCGUCACCGGUGUCCACUGCUGACAUUAAAUCUGAACCCAGAGAGUGGCCCCAGCAGCAGCUGGAGUACCUCGCCGCGUGUCGAGCUCGCCUGGAGCCGAUGCCCACAGAACUGGCUCGUCCUACACCUCAAUACGCAUAUCUCCCUACACUAUAUCCAGCUUAUCCUAUGGAAGAGCUCUACCCGACUGCCCCAGCCUUAUCCCCUCCCGUCCAACCUCAGUACUACGCCAGAUACUCCCCAGCAUCACCGCCGUCCUCCUGCUCGCCGCCUCCCUGCCCUGAAGACCUCCGUUCCCCUGGCUCAGUCUCCUCUGACUCGGGAGUCUCAGUCUCUGGUCCUCGUCGUCCUCGCUACCAGUGCCCAGACUGCGCCAAGUCCUACUCCACCUACUCAGGGCUAUCCAAACAUCAGCAGUACCACUGCGCCGCCGCCGAGGGAAGUCUCGCUAGGAAAUCGUUUAGCUGCAAAUACUGCUCAAAGGUGUACACUUCUCUGGGUGCUCUCAAGAUGCACAUAAGGACUCACACCCUGCCGUGUAAGUGUCACCUGUGCGGGAAAGCCUUCUCCCGUCCGUGGCUUCUUCAAGGACACAUCCGUACUCACACCGGUGAGAAGCCUUUCUCAUGCCACCACUGCCGGCGUGCGUUCGCCGACCGAUCGAACCUCCGAGCUCAUCUCCAGACCCACUCCGAUGUUAAGAAAUACUCGUGCACGGGAUGCGGGAAGACUUUCUCCCGGAUGUCACUGCUGAGUAAACAUUUGGAGGGAGGCUGCGGGGCUCCCAGCACGUCUCCAUACGAAUACCGACCGGAGGCUCAUCAGACAUCACAUCCACACCAGCUCCCGCCUUCCGCGCCCGUUCAUGCCUAUUAG